CUUCCCAAAUUGCACAUUUGCCCUGCAAGAACCUAGUUGGCGCCCCAAAAAUGCCUAACCGUCGUAAAAGGAAGCAACCCCAGCUCCACCCCGCUCUGUCGCCGCCGUCCAAAUCCCCCAAAACCAACACCACCAAUCAAAAAGACCCAUACCCAAAUCACCCUCGUCCAACUCCAGAAGAAUGUCGAUCCGUGCGAAACGACCUUCUGGCCCUCCACGGCUUCCCCAAAGAAUUCGCCAAGUACCGCUCUCUGAGACCCAACCUUGACCCUAUUCCUCUUCUCUCCAACGGCUCGGCUCAAUCUCCGGCCAAGCCUGAGCCAUUCGACGGGGAAGACGGUGGUGGGGCCUGUGGGCCCGUGGAGAGUGUUUUGGACGGUCUGGUGAGCACCAUACUGUCGCAGAACACCACCGAUUUGAACUCUCAGAGGGCUUUUGCUUCUCUCAAAUCUGCUUUUCCUACUUGGGAAGAUGUUUUUGAGGCUGAAUCAAAAGCUUUGGAGAAUGCCAUAAGAUGUGGAGGUUUAGCCCCGACCAAGGCCGCUUGCAUAAAGAAUUUGUUGAGUUGCUUGCUUGAGAAGAAAGGCAAACUAUGCUUGGAAUACCUGCGAGAAUUGUCAGUUGAUGAAAUCAAGACCGAACUCUCUUUAUUUAAGGGAAUUGGCCCCAAAACAGUGGCUUGUGUCUUGAUGUUCCAACUUCAGCAAGAUGAUUUCCCAGUGGACACACAUGUUUUUCAGAUCGCUAAGGCUGUUGGUUGGGUACCGGAACAGGCGGACACCAAAAAGACAUACCUCCAUCUCAAUCGACGAAUUCCAAAUGAACUAAAGUUUGAUCUGAACUGCCUUUUAUUCACACAUGGUAAGCUGUGUCAGCAAUGCACAAAGGGAGGAGGUACUAAGCAAAAAAGAGAAUCCGAUGACAAUUCUUGCCCUCUUUUAAGUUACUGCAACAUUUCGAAAUCAGAAUUCAAUAGUUAAACAUGGUGUUAUCUAAUUCCUUUGCUUGAGUUCAUUCAUCUUUUUUUGCUACUAUCUUUAUUCAAGUUUAUUUGGUCUUUC